UAACAACCAUUUUUUUACAAUGCACGAAUACAAAGUUCAUCAAAAUGUUCAUAAAUCUAUGACGUCAAACAUGUUUAGAUGUACUAUAUGUAAGCCCGAACCAGAAUAUAGUUGUUUUCAAGACUUGAUGCAUCAUCACGAAAUACUGCAUUUUAAUAAACCUUGCGACAUGAGUGACAAUACUUACAAAGAAAAGGAGGAGGUAAACGACCAUCAAUCUGUGUUUUUGGAACGGCCAAAUACUUAUGACGAACAGAAGAUGAAGGUAGAUGAUCGUCGAUUUGUUCAUUCGGUACACAAUAAUACUUAUGAAGAAGAUAAAGAGAAGUUAGAUAAACAUCGAUCUGUUCAAUCGGCAUGGCCAUAUUCAUGUGCAAUAUGUGAUGAAGAAUAUAAUUUCUUUGUUUCUCAUGUACUUCCNGUUCAUUCAAGUGUGGCACUGCAACACGACUGUUCAGUAUGUACUGCAGCAUAUGUUAAGUCUCGGAACCGUAAAUCCAAAUUGACCUCCAUUUAUGACAAAGAAAAGAAAGAGGAUGUAUAUCGACCUGGUAUUNUGCAAUAGCCAUUCGAUUGUCAAAUAUAAAUAUAAACGUGACAAGUGUUCA